UGCGGAAUAAACGUAAAACGUGAAGCUAGGGUUAUUUACAUGUACUGAUCCAACAUCCGUUUUGCGUUAAUGAAAGGAUAUUUUUUUUUAGUAAACUGACCCGGAGAUUCAAUUUAACACAAAUUAGGAUAUAGGCUACUUCCUUGUUCUUUGAAACGAUAUAGAACACGCUUGACUAUAUACAUACGGGGAACAACCAUGGCUUUCCUUUGUAGAUUAGCGAGGCGCUGGUCUCAUUUCCAUGGUUUAAGUGCACUAUCCCCAGCGUCUGUUGGAGGUACAAGCUCGUUAAAUUUACACCGACUGGAAGAGGACUCCUUGCCCGGCGGGCGAUUCUCUGUCCUGGGAUACACUCUUACACACUGCCGGUGGAUACAGACCGAGGCCUCAGAGACCGUGGAAGUGGAUCUGAAGCGACUAGAUGGGAAGGACACUGGUAUAGUGGAGGUGUUGAUGUGUCGUCAGAAGGCAAGGAAUGCUCUGGGUCGUGUCUUUGUCGCUCAGAUGAAAGCGCUGGUAUCCUCCCUGCAAAGUGACUCAGCAGUAAGGGUGGUGGUCUUCAGGAGUCUGGUACCAGGGGUCUUUUGUGCAGGAGCUGAUCUCAAGGAGAGAGCUGAGAUGAACCAAUCCGAAUCUGAUCUGUUUGUUCACAGCCUGCGCUCACUCAUGACUGAGAUUGCCUUGUUGCCCAUGCCGACUGUUGCCGCUGUGGAUGGCUUUGCCCUUGGAGGAGGUCUGGAACUGGCGCUCGCCUGUGACCUUCGUACAGCUGCCUUUUCUGCACAGAUGGGACUGAUUGAGACAACACGGGGGCUGCUCCCAGGGGCUGGGGGCAGUCAGCGUCUCCCCAGAGCAGUGGGCUUUGCCCUAGCCAAAGAGCUCAUAUUUACUGGCAAGAAAGUGGAUGGACAGAGGGCAGUGGAAAUAGGACUGGUCAACAGAGCUACGGAGCAGAGCCCAGACGGAGAUGCUGCCUAUAAAGAAGCGCUGAUUCUGGCAAGAGAGAUACUACCACAGGCCCCCAUCGCUGUGAGGAUGGCUAAGGAGGCCAUGAACAGAGGGAUGGAGGUGGAUAUCACAUCAGGCAUGGCCAUAGAGAGGAUGUGCUACGCCAGGGUGAUCCCAACGAAAGACAGACAGGAGGGGAUGGCUGCGUUUUUAGAGAAGAGACCCCCGCGCUACAUUGGAGAGUAACCGGAAUGUGUUUCUACCUCUUUUGAUGCUGUGUGUUUUUUUUUUUUUCUUCUAAUAUCUUAUAUUAGAAAUAUGAUUGUGUGUGUGUGUGAGAUUAAGUUGAAACCAUACAGGGCUAUGGUGAUUGGGGGGUAUCCAUUCUUUAUUUCAGAAACAUUGGAAAGAAAGAUUUCCCUCAGCAGCAGCAAAAUAGCCUUUUCAGCCUAGCAGAUGCAAGUGGACUGAUCCAGCCUAUUACCAGUUAGAAUACCCAUAUCAAAAGAGGACACCUUCUUUCACAAUAAAUGAAUAUACAGACGUAACACUAAACUUUCACAGCUUACAUCAUAGUGAAGACAUUUUUUUUUACUGUAGCCAGUGGCACCUAGUGGCAGAAAUUGAGUUCAGCAACUGCUCAGGGGGGCAAGGAAGAGAGGCAGAACCAAUGUUUUGCACCUUAGAGUUCUACCUGUGAGGCAUAAAACCCAGAUGCUGAUCUCAUUUCAGACACUGUGCCAAUGGGUACCAGUAAAAUGUAGAAAAUGCUAACUUUAAAGUUUAGUUUGUUCUUUGUUUCCCUGGAUGCCAGAAAAGGGUAGUUUGAACCAUGCAGCAGUAGCAAGCACACAAUGUGUAGGCUUUAUGAAAUCUAGCAUAUGGAAAUUUGACAGCAGUCCAAGAAAUUGUAGUGUCAUGCCUCAAUUGCAUAGAGAAUGUAGAGUAGUUGGGAGCAGUAGCCUAUAGCAUUAAUAUAAAUCACCACAACCAUGUCCUCAUCAGACAUGUCUAUACCAGUGGACCUCAAACCUCUUCAGGGACCCAACAUAUUUGGUUGUAGCCCUGAACCGGCACACCAAAUUCACCAAUCAAGAGUUUGAUUAUUAGUGUUCAAUCUGGAAUAGUUAAAAUACAUAUAUUUGGGAGUCCCAAAAUGGUUUGAGAACCACUGUUUUACAUAAUUGCCCAAUCAGUCUUAUUACUUUUGUAACUAAAUUUGUAAUAAACAAAAUAACAAAAUGUA